AGAACACGCCUGCAAGACGCUAACCACAGUUUGUGGCCUGUAGUAAAAGUUCAGGCGAUGGUGGUGAUUUCAGGUCUGCAGGGUUCCGGGAGCAGAUUAGUUUUUGGUGUCACUUAAUCCGAGUGGCCCUUCCGCAAUCGGAGCCCUCAUGGGGCAGAGGUGGUAUAAACCUGCUUAAGGGGCCCUGGCUCACAGAGGCUGCAGAAUGGAGCCAGUGGGAGCCAAGCUGCUGCUGCUGUGGGCGAUGUGCUUCGGGCACACCAGAGCGGUUGGUUCCAGAAGCUACACCCAAGUCAUCGAGGUGACCAAUGGGGGUCCCUGGGGCGACUGGGCCUGGCCCGAGAUGUGUCCUGAUGGAUUUUUCACCAUCGGAUUCUCCAUCAAGGUGGAGCCCCUGCAAGGCAUUCCUGGAGACGACACGGCAAUGAACGGGAUUCGGCUGCACUGCUCCCGUGGGCACAAAGUGGAGUCCGAGUCCGGAAGGUGGGGCGCAUGGAGCGAGCCGCUGUGGUGUCCCCAUGGCAGCUUCCUCGUGGCUUUCUCACUCCGAGUGGAGGCACCCAAGACCCUUGGGGACAACACGGGCGCCAACAACGUGCGCUUCCGCUGCUCCGACGGCAAGGAGCUGGAGGGGCCUGGCCUGGCCUGGGGAGACUUUGGAAGCUGGAGUGAGCCGUGUCCUAAAGGCAUAUGCGGUUUGCAGACCAAGAUCCAGCGGCCUAGAGGCCUCCCGGACGACACCGCGAUGAACGACGUGCGUUUUUUCUGCUGCAGCAGCUGAUCCCUUCGCCUCGGCUCCCGGCCCCACCUCCGGCUGUCUCACCUCCCGAAUUAAAGCUUCCCGUCAUGGCUUUGGUGUCAUUUGUUUUAGGCAUAGCAAACUGCAUCUCCCUGUCUCCUAGCCUAGCACUGGGCCAGGCUGAAAUUCAGGUUUGGCUCAGGAGUCCAUGGCAGGCUCCCCAAAGUUACGGACCUUUAGUCACUUCCAUUUGCAUACAAGUGAAGGAAGUCCCUGGCUCUCUGAGGGCGUCUGCAUACACAUCAUGCCCAUUAAAUGCCCAGGUUAUUUAUUUUCUGAGCCACCAGUGACCUCAGGUUAAGAAACUUCUACCAAAUUAGGAGGCGACAUGUUACCACACCUUCAGGCUUCAUUUUCUAGAGCUUAAUUGGUUAACGUGUCUUUUCCAUAGUUGUCCCCUCCCCACCUCCCUCCCCUCUACACAACUCCAAGGGUGGCUUUUCUGUAUACUGAUUCCCAUUUUGGAUCUUUGCCCUCAAUAUUCUCUCUGCGUGGGAUCCCUCAGCAUCCAGGUGGUUAGCCCACAAGCAGACUUCAGCUCUAAUUUCACUUCCUCAGAGUUUAUAUCUAUCCCAUUAUCAAUGUGUUGUUAUUUUUUAAUCUUCACCUGAGGAUAUGUUUUACUGAUUUUAGAGAAAGGGUUCCCUGUCCUGAGCAUGUGCCAAGGGGGACUUGCAAAGGGCUCAUUAGGCCCAUGUGGACGUAGCACUCUCGAAGGCAGGUCUGACCUACAUGGGGAGAGGCACAGAAUGGGGUAGUGAAGGCGAAAAUACCAGCUAAGCCUUGCUCAGUCUCUUUGAAAUGGUAGGGGGGAGAGAGAGAGAGUUGGUUACCUGCCUCUAGUAUGAGUCCCCACCAGGAUUGAGCCUGUAACCUAGGUAUGUGCCCUGACCCAGAAUCCAAAGAGCAGGCAACCUUUGGGUGUACAGGACUACGUUCCAACCAACUGAGCCACACUGGUCAGGUCGCAACGAGCUUUGUAAAAGUGCUUAUCAUCAGCUGAUCUUUUAAAAAUUGCCAAUUUUCCACCCUGGAAUGUUAAAUUGAGAGCUUGUUUGGAGGUUCUAGCAGGGGAGCGCAGCUACUCGUAUACCCUUACCGAAGACGGGUCCUUUCCUCUGGGGGGAUGCACAUGGAUUGGUGAGGGAGGAGGGGGACACCCGCCUAGCCAGCCAGAUCAGCCCUGGUGAUCAAUGAGGUGACAAAUGUCGCAGCCAGAUCGCCCUCACAUCCUGGAAUGUUAAGUUGAGAGCCCAGAACUUGUCUGUCUUGUUAACUUCGGUAUUUCCGGUGCACACUAAUAGCUCAAUAACUAUUUGCUGCCCUGGCCCUCCUGGCUCAGCUGGUGGGAGCCUGGUGGGUGCACUAAGAGAUGGUUCCUUCCCGGUUGGGGCACAUACCCAGAUUGCAGAUGGAUCCUGGCUGGGGUGCGUGGGUGAAGCAACCAAUUGAUGUUUCUCUCUGGCAUCCAUGUUUCUCUUUCUCUUCCCCUCCCUCUCUCUCAAAUCAAUGAAAAAUGAUAAAUAAAAAAUUUAAACUCAGGCUUAAAAAAUAACUAUUUGCUAAGAAAAUAAGUGGGGUGCAGGAGCCCCACACAGGGGAGCCACAAGCCCCGCCUCGGACACUCCUCACAUAGGGCAGGAUCUGAGAUGCGCAA